AUGUCGGCGGACGCGCCCCUGGCGCUGCCGCCGCACCAUUUGCUCACUGCCUUCCCUGAGAUCAAUGUGUGUGCGCCGAUGGUGCGCUACUCCAAGCUGCCGUUCCGCGCGCUGGUCGCGCAGUACGACACGCAGAUCACGACGACGCCCAUGAUCCUUGCCAGCGAAUUUAGUCGGAACCAGCAGGCGCGCGACGCCGACUUUAGCACCAAUGCAGAAGAGCGCGGCGUAUUUACGAUGCGGCCCGACUAUGGAUACAUGCGCAAAGGCGAUGCGCCGGUGCGUGUACGUGGCGCGCUCGUGUGCCAGCUGGCAGCCAGCACGCCCGCGCCGCUCGCCGACGCCGCCGAGCUCAUCAGCCCGUUUGUAGACGGCGUCGACCUCAACUGCGGGUGUCCCCAGGCGUGGGCAUACUCCGAGCAGAUUGGCUCCUACCUGCUGCGCCAGCCCGAGACGGUGCGCGACAUGGUCCGUGCCAUCAAAGGGCGCCUGGGCGACGGAUACUGCGUCAGUGUCAAGAUCCGCGUCGACAGCGACCUGCGCAAUACGGAUGCGCUUGUGCGCAAUGCGCUGCAUGCUGGCGCCUCGAUGAUUACCGUACACGGGCGCACGCGGCACCAGCCCUCGGCGUCGCAUCCGGUCGACCUGGACGCGGUCAAGUUUGCGAUCGAUGCGGCGAACGCCUGCGGUCUGCACACUGCACGCGGCACUGCGCCCGGCGACGGCUGGAUCUUUGGGGAUGGCGGUGCGGGCGGCAUUGUGCCUACCGUCGUCAACGGCGACAUAUGGACCAAGGACGACGCACAGCACUGGCGUGCGGCGACCGGCGCGCGCGGCGCGAUGAGCGCGCGCGGCCUGCUUGCGAACCCCGCGCUCUUUUCCGGGCACGAAAAGACCCCCCCGGCGGCCGUGGCCGCGUUUGCGGAAAAGGCCAUUGCGACGGGCCUGCCUGUGGCGCUGUUCCAAGAGCAUCCCCAGCCGGGCCGAGUCGAUCUACUUUAA